GUUGAUGACGUAACGAUGCCCAGGUGGAGACUUCUUCCCCCACGCAUACACAUACACAGACACGCACACACACUCAGGUACAGUGCGCAGGCGUGGAAUAUUCUAUCAGUGGUGCUUUAGCUAACCGCUAAACUCAAGCCAACAUGGAGAGGAAAGUUUUGGCACUCCAGGCAAGAAAAAAGAGGGCGAAAGCGAAGAAGACCAACAAAAAACAGCCAACCAACCCCCGAACCAGAAAACAGCCCCAGCAGGAAGCUUCACCUCAGGAAGCAGAGGAACAAGAAGAGAUCCUUGGCUCUGAUGAUGAGGAGCAGGAAGAUCCUAAUGACUACUGCAAAGGCGGCUACCACCAUGUGAAAGUAGGAGACCUUUACAACGGGAAGUACCAUGUUAUCCGGAAACUGGGCUGGGGACACUUCUCCACUGUGUGGCUGGCCUGGGACAUUCAGGUGAAGAGGUUUGUGGCAAUGAAGGUGGUGAAGAGCGCCGAGCAUUACACAGAGACAGCGGUGGACGAGAUCAAACUCCUGAGUUCUGUCAGGAACUCAGACCCUGGCGAUCCUAAUCGGGAGAUGGUGGUACAGCUGCUGGAUGACUUCAAGAUCUCUGGAGUCAACGGGACUCAUGUCUGCAUGGUGUUCGAGGUGCUGGGCCAUCACUUACUGAAGUGGAUUAUAAAGUCCAAUUACCAAGGGCUGCCACUGGCAUGUGUGAAGAGCAUCAUAAGACAGGUACUUCAAGGUCUGGACUACCUGCACACAAAGUGUCAAAUCAUCCACACAGACAUCAAGCCAGAGAACAUCCUGAUGAGUGUGGAUGAGCCAUACGUCCGUAGACUGGCAGCAGAGGCCACAGAGUGGCAGAAGGCUGGAGCUCCGCCCCCCUCUGGUUCUGCAAUAAGCACAGCACCUGUACCCAAACAGACAGUAAAAAUGUCUAAAAACAAAAAGAAAAAGUUAAAAAAGAAGCAGAAACGCCAGGCAGAACUGUUAGAAAAGUGCAUAAUGGACUUAGAGAAAAUGGAAAAGCCCACAGAGACACGAGAAGACGAAGAUGAGGAAGACGAUGUUCUGCAGUCCCCAAAGGGGCGAGCGUGUGCUCCUCUAAGACAGGUCUCCCUGCAGGAGAUGGGACACGCUGGAGAUGCAGGACAAAUGCACGAAACAGACGAGAGCAAAGACCACACUGACCUGAUGAUGAUGAUGGGACCAGACGGACGGACGGAGUUGAACUGUAAUGGUUACGUGGAUGAGCUGCAGACUCGGUCACAGCGGAGGGACGAGGACCAUCACAAUGGCAAUGCAGACCCCACUGACAAGUGUGAGGUACAGGAGGACGCCGAAUCCCCCGUCCACUUCAUCUGCAACGGUGUGGUUUCUACUGUUCUGGAUGAGCUGGACACUGAGAUCGAAGGCCGGGGCGCGAACAGCAGUGACGCUGCUGAAAUGAGCCUUCCUCCUGGUCUUGAGGAGGAAGAGCUGGAAACCAUGCAAACCAUUCUGCAGGAGGAGGGAGAGGACGAGCAGAGCUAUCAGUACAGAACCGAGGACGGCAUGCGGGACGGCAAACAAACAGCAGGAGAGCUGCUGGUUAAUCCGCUUGAUCCACUUAAUUCAGACAACAUUAAGGUCAAGAUUGCAGACCUGGGAAAUGCCUGCUGGGUGCACAAACACUUCACAGAAGACAUCCAGACCCGGCAGUACCGAUCCUUGGAGGUUCUCAUCGGUGCCGGGUACAACACGCCGGCUGAUAUAUGGAGCACAGCCUGCAUGGCCUUUGAGCUCGCCACUGGGGACUAUUUGUUUGAACCACAUUCUGGAGAAGAUUAUUCCAGGGAUGAAGACCAUAUAGCGCUGAUCAUUGAGCUGCUGGGGACUGUCCCACGCAAACUCAUAGUGACUGGCAAAUAUUCCAAGGAUUUUUUCACCAAGAAAGGUAACACAAGAAGCGUCAGGGUCAGGAGUAGAGUUUGUAAGUCCUCACGAUCAGGUGACCUGAAACACAUCACAAAGUUGAAGCCGUGGGGUCUGCUGGAGGUACUGAUCGACAAGUACGAGUGGCCCCGGGAGGAGGCAGAGAGCUUCACAGACUUCCUGCUCCCCAUGCUGGAGCUGGUCCCUGAGAAGAGAGCCACUGCAGCUCAGUGCUUGCGCCACCCUUGGCUCGCCCUCUAGUGGACAACUCCGACAUUUGCACCUCUCCUUCCUUCCUCUCUCCAGAGACUGCAACAGAUCACUUUCCAGAUGGGGCAUAUCAGAUGAAUAUUUAUUUCUUUAUAUUUUGCUUUGAAUUUUCUUAUGUUUUUUUUUUUUUUUUUUUGCCGUUGAGCUGAGAAUCCUGUGUAUGUUUGCUUUGUAUUUGUACGUUAUUUUUCUGGUGUUGAUGAUGUCAGGAAACAAGUGGAUAAUAUUUCUUUGUGGUUGUGUUGGCUCCAACUGCUGUGCUGCGUUCGUCCAUCCAGCUUAGCAACCUGUCGUCGUACUGCUAGUGACUCAUCCUUGUUUGUUACACUCCUGCACUAAAUCCCCAAACAAACCAAGGAUAUGUAGCCUUUAUUAGUCACGUAGUCCCUAGAAAAAAAAAGAAAAAAAGGACCGGCUUUCACUUCUUUUCUCUUAGCUUCAUUAGUGCUGUGUUCAUUUUUUUAUAACUUCUGUUAUCUCAUAUUACAUAUGUAUGGUAUCUAUAGUGUAAUUUCUGAUUUAGGUCUAGGAACCUGUACACUGGGCGGCACAUACACUGACUGCAGUGACGUUCACAGCAUUUCUCUGGACAGAACAGCUUUUCCUUUGGAAACAUCUGCUGGUUGAUAAAUAGUUCACCACUUUAGCCCCGUCAAAUCCGUUCACCCGAUGAUUAGCGUGGUUAGUUUGAGUUAAGGACGAUGGUUUGUUCGCAUGGGAGGCUGGUUUUUCCUCAUACACCUAAACUUCAGAAUUAUAUUGUUUUAAAGGAUCCGACCAGUACGUUUCAAGAAGCCCACUAAAGGAAAAAGAAGUGAAACAAACUGUAUAUAUCUGUACCAAAGAGUUUGCCUUUAUGUAUAUUACAGUUAUGUACAGUUUCUAACAAAUCUUAUAUCUUAGCUAAAGAUAUUUAGCUGGGUAGCUGUGUUUUAUUAAAAAAAGGUGUAUGGAAGAUGUUUGAGCUCAAUUGUAUGUAUGGCCAAGUGUUCAAUAAUUUUGUUGUUUUCUUUCUUCCAACCAUAGAAACAGUGGCUCCGAUUUUACGUAAUGGUGUGUCAAAAAUCUAUCACAUCCCAGUACAGUAGUCAGUGGUAUCAUCAAUGUAUCUGCUGAGGCCUAGGCGAAAACUUCAUUUAGAUUCGUGUCAAAUUCAAGAACAUAGACUUUGUCAGCUGUCAAUUUACAGAACUGUACAAGACCAUACAAUAAAAACAAGUUCAUACCGUUCAAAA